AUGCCAUCAUUUUUGGCAUUUCUCAGUGGCCCUCGUUUAUACGGCCUUUUUCACGGACCAGAUCGAGUUGAAACAACGCUGGAAAAUGCCGGAAAUUCUGCACUCAGUUUUUCAUCAGGAAUAUAUUAUGUCGUAACAUCGCUUGCGUUUUCACCAAUGAUUCUGUUUUACAUGUAUACUCGAGGAAUGGUGAAUCCAUCAAGUUUUAUGACAAUUUUAAAGUAUGCUGGAUAUUUGGCGGUUUUCAGUUAUGGAUCAAGGUAAACAUUAUCAUAGAGGAUUUUUGAAAUCUCUGUUUUUUUUUGCAGAAUGGUUGGUCGAAUGAUGGAUGAUCAAUAUAAACAAUUUCUGAUAAUUUGGACAAAAGCAAAUGAAGGAUCUAAAGAUGAUCAAAAGGAAUUGAAAAAAUAUGAUUUCGAAUUAACAACAGUUCUACCAGAUUAUGAAGCAACUGAAGGAAAAACUCUUUGGUUUUUAAAACCUGAUGUUGAAGAAGCUGGACCAAUUACUAAAGCUUUAGCUUCAUUUGCAAUCAAUGCAUUUGGAAGACAUAUGAUGUAUCCUGGUAGUUUGGCAUUGUUAAAUUAUAUGAUGCGACAAAACUUGAAUCAAGCAAGAAAAUUGAUGGUUCGAAAUAAGGGUGGAGAACGAAUUUGGAUUAAGAAUAUUGAAGGAGAUCUUGUUGAUGCGAUUUUUAUUCGUGGAGAAAAUCCGCAAUAUCGCGAUUUAUUGGUUAUUACUUGUGAAGGAAAUGCUGGAUAUUAUGAGAUUGGAGUGGCAAAUACACCUGCACAAGCUGGAUUGUCAGUGAGUUUUAUUGAUAUAUUCUUUGGAAAAACUUGAAGCAUAUUCAAUUCUUUUCAGGUUCUUGCAUGGAAUCAACCAGGGUUCGGUGAAAGCUCUGGUCUUCCAUUUCCAAAAAAUACCUUAUCCUCAGCUGAUGCUGUUAUGCAAUAUGCAACAAAAGUUUUGAAAUAUCCAGUUGAAAAAAUCGUGCUUUUUGGCUGGUCAAUUGGUGGUUUCCCGGUUUCCUGGCUCGCUGCCAAUUAUCCAAAUGUUCGUGCAGUUAUUCUGGAUGCUACUUUUGAUGAUAUUUUACCAUUGGCUGAGUCGAGAAUGCCAAGAGUAUGUUCACUCGAAACAAUUCAUUCAAAAAUUCAUUUUUUUUUCAGUUCGUUUCCCCAAUUGUCGAAUACGCCAUUCGAAAACAUGCCAAUCUUCAAAUCGACAAAAUUGUUCGUUCGAAUAAAUAACUCAAAUCAAUCAAUAAAUUUCUAUGUUUUUCAGAUCACAAAAUAUGAUGGCCCUUUGCGACUCAUUCGAAGACUUCAGGAAGAAAUUCUUACAACAACUGAAGAUGUUCCAGAAAAUGUUAGAAGAGCAAGCAAUCGAAUCAAUUUUCUUUUGAAAGCUGUUUUGAAGGAAAGACAUCCGGAUUUGAUUAAAGGAAUGGAACCACAGGUUGGAUUUUUUUUCUAAAUAUUGAUUUUGAUUUGGAAAUUGCCAGGUCACAAAUGUUGUAACAGAAAAUAAGUUUAACAUUUGAAAUUGUUGAAUUUUAAAAUUUUUUAAAACACAGUUUUGUGCUUUCACAUAUAAUGGGUUUUCAGUACUAUGGAACCUUACUUUCCAGAUUUUUAAAAAAUCGUUUGUAUGAACUUAGAUCAUCUUAGAUCUUUGAAAUCGGAAGCGGAAAAAUCAGGCUAAAAAACCAAUUUUUGAAUCCUAUCAACAUUUAUUCAAUUAAUUCUUUAAAAGGCUCAAUUUUUGGACCUGGCUCCGAAAUUUUUAGUAGCAAAGUCCAUGUUUGACUACAAUCCCAAUUUUCAAAAUUAUAUUUCUAGGUUGAUCGUUGGUUGGAUAUGUCUGAAACUGAACGUUUGAUGAAUACUGGAGUCACAUUACGUGAAGAAACUCAACAAAGAAAACGAUUAUUCGAAGCUUGCUCUCAUUAUUUGGUCGAUUUCGAUUCGAAUCAUGUUACACCACUUGAUCCAUUGUAAGUUUUUCUUUCAAAAAACAUUUGCAUCGAAAAAAAAACGUUUUUUCUUGCAGAUAUUUCAACAUUCCCGAUGCUCGUAAAAAUUUCUGA